UUAAAGCAGAUUACACAUCUCAUUGUAGAGGACUCACACACACACUGUUUGGACUAUGGCUUCCACCACCUCCGGGGACGUUCUGCCCACCGGCUGCAGGAUCUUCACCUCCGUUCCCGACCUCUUCUUCCUUCCUGAGUUUGUGAUCGGAGGUCUGGUGUGGAUCCUGGUGGCCUCGACCCGCGUGAUGCCUGAGAACCCUCUGGGCUGGGUGAUGUUCGUGUCCGUCUUCUGCUUCGUCUUCACUACGCUCUGGUUCUUCAUCUUCAUCUGUGGAGCCAAUCAGAGCAGCGUCUGGCCCUCCCUGGAUGUGGGUUAUCAUUUUAUCGCGGUGGUUUUCUACCUCAGUGCGUCGGUGGAUUUGGCGUACAUCACGGUUGUGUGGGGACAAGUCUCCUUUCUCUCACCUGCUGAUCUCAAAAACUUUCGACUGGAUAUCGCUGCAGUGGUGAUGUCCUUUGUGGCCACGCUCCUCUACUUCCUUCACGCCAUUUUCUCUGCCAUCCGAUGGAAGAGGUCCUGAAACCAAAGCCAGAGGAACCGAGCUGAGCUGCCAGCUCCACACGGAACCAUGGUUAUUCUUUUGUUCUUUUUUAUUUUAUUAUUAUGCUUUUGAACUAAUGUGGGAAAUCAUUAAAUGAAUGAGAGGAAAACAAGCAGGAUGAGGAAGUUUUUCAUUGUAUAGCAAUAACAAUAUUAAUAAUAUGAAUUAAUAAGACCACAUGUGGCCUAACCAGUCAAUUGACCAGUCAAACAACCAGGCAAUCAAUCAAUCAAUCAAUCAAUCAAUCAAUCAAUCAAUCAAUCAAUCAGCACCAAAUUACUCAAACUCUGUGACGUGAACUCGUCUACGUAGAAAUAUGCUUCAUAAAUCAAACUUAUUAUUGUUAUUGUUAAGAUAACUUGAUGAGGACAUAACAAACAAAAUUCUAAAAACAGCAGUGCCUUUACUUUUUUCACUUUUUAUAAUCUUCUGUUUAUUUUCACACUUUUUAUAGACUUGCUGUAUUUUCACUGUUUUCAUGAAGACGUAUGACGGAUCAAUGAUGAAGUUUUGGAAGUAAAAUUUUCUAC